AUGAGUACUACACGUGAAACAAGAAGAAAAGCGCAAGUCAGAGAGAAUGAGAAAAAUACUGACGUUGAAAGCGCAGGAAGAUUAAGGCCACAAGCGGCCGAAGAAAGAAGCAUAAUAAACGCACAAGUGAGAGAGAAUAAGAACAAUACUCACGUUGAAUGUGCAAGGUCACAAGCGACCAAAGGCUCGACAAGUACCGAGCAAACUUCAAGCACGGAGCGGACGACAAGUACAGAGCAGACAACAAGUACAGAGCGAACAGCAAGUACAGAGCAAUCUGCGAGCACCAAGCACACGUCUAGCACCGAGCGAACAGCGAGCACGAAACCGAGCACUCAAGCAAGGAGUGCGAGAGAGAAAGCGAAUAGCACUAAUAUGCACGAAGUGAGACAGAGAGAUUCUUCAUUAGGUACGGUGGUUAACCGUGCGGUUAAUAAGAAGCCGGGCUCCCGAGCAUCUUCGUCAUCUAGCAAGAAGCGUGCCUUUCUCGAGGCGCGUCUCGAGUUGGAGAAGCGAGAGAAAGAAAAAGCAGAGGCCGCCGCGGCACUAGCCAGAACGAGAAUGGAGCUGAUAGAACUGGAAGAGCGAGACUCAAGCGACCUGAGCGACAUAGAGGGCAACGAUGACCUAGUUUCUCAGUGGGUGCACAAGUCCAUCCAGUCCAAGCCGGUCUCCGAGGCAGUACGCACGAAUCAUCAUGAAGACUACUUCGAGCCACGGAGGAAGGAGCGGCAGAGUGACGCCGCCGUCCUUGCGAGCGCUAUCGCAGACGCAAUGAAAAGCGUGACUCGAUCGGCGCCGACUACAGCGCCACGAUACAUAAACGAACUACACCGUUUCGACGGAAACCCCGGCGAAUGGAUUCCGUUCCGCGCCACAUACGAAGAUACCGAAAAAUACUUCAGCGAAUCAGAAAAUAUCGCUAGAUUAAGAAAAUCCCUGUUCGGUCAAGCACGAGACGCCGUGAAGUCACUAUUAUACACGAACGCACCGCCUCAAGAGAUACUCAAGUCAUUAGAGCGACGAUUUGGAAAGCCACUGCAUCUUAUCAAAAGUGAGAUAGCGGCGAUCAACAGAAUACCGCCUAUGACUGCCGACAUCAAGGGCAUUGGCGUGUUUGCGAGUACCGUGGCCAACAGCGUGAACACUAUCAAACAACUGAAUAGAACGGACUACCUAUACUCGAACGACGUGUCCGAGAGAAUAAUCGACAAAAUGAAUAUGAUGGUUAAAUUCCGAUGGUACGAAUACUGGUCAUUAAAUGAUCAGCAACCUAUUUUAUUGGCGCUAUCGGCAUUCUUAAAUAGAAUAGCGGACCAAUUCGAAGCAUAUGAUUGCACGCCGACUACCUACAAGUCAUUUCAACCGAGGGAAGCAUUCAAAGGAAAACCACGACGUAAUAUGGUACACGCAACUCGGGAAGAAAGCGAAUACAGCGGCGACGAAUCAUCUACCUACUCAUACAGCGAGGAAGAAGAAGACAGCGAAACAGAGAUAGUAGCUACUGCCACCCACGAGACACUGAAGUGCAAACUAUGCGGAAAAGACGGGCACACGUUAAUUAAAUGCCCUCAGUACGAGAAAGCAAGCACUCAAGAAAGAUGGGAAAUAGUGAAGAGAAUCAAAGUAUGUUUUCGCUGCCUGAGACAAAAUCAUCGUAGCCCGACCUGCCGGGCCAAGCCAUGCGGCAAAGACAACUGUCCGGGACGACACCACGUGACACUGCACCGUGACAAACCGAAACCUGUCGAAAAAGAUGACGCCAACAAGAUCGUAUCCGUGAACCACAUAAGCGCGACGCGUGCAUACCUAAAGAUAGUUCCAGUGGAGAUAUCUGGACCACAGGGCACCACGAGAGUCACCGCACUGAUGGAUGAAGGAUCAACCGUAACCCUCUUGUUAAACGAAGUCGCUGAUAAAAUCGGAGCGCAAGGACCCACCGAAGAGCUAUCUAUCGAAGGAGUGGGCGGCCACCGCAUGAAAAGCACCGAUUCAAUGCGUUUAAAAUUACGCAUAAAAGGCCAGUUCACACGCGAAUAUCACGAUAUGGACACCCUGACGAUCGGACAACUGAACCUCGCCACACAAGCCGUCUAUAAAGAAGACUUAGAAAACUGCCCACACUUGGCAUGUAUAGCGGAUCAGCUGACAUACGACCGAGAGCGGCCUAGUCUAUUAAUAGGACAGGACAACUGGCACUUAAUCGUGUCUCGCGAGUUAAAGGCAGGAAAAACGACGAAACCUGUAGCCUCACUUACCAAGCUAGGGUGGGUGCUACACGGGUGUCAUAGCCAUGAAGCGAAACCGGUCAAGUUCGUGAACCACAUACACAGUCAGAGCGAAGAAAAAAUCGAAACGUUGAUAAAGGAGCAUUUCAGUCUCGAUUCGUUAGGCAUCUCGCCUAAACGACCGGCCAGCGACCCCGAGCAACGAGCACUUAUGUUGUUAGACAAAACUACGAAACGUCUACCUGAGGGAAGGUUCGAAUGCGGGCUGCUAUGGCGCAAAGAUGACGAAAUCAUGCCAAACAACAAGGAGAGCGCACUACGCCGACUGAAAGGCAUCGAACGUAAAAUGAAAAAGGACGAAGCAUUCAAAAUAAGCUACAAAAAACAAAUAGACAACUUACUAGCAAGCGGAUACGCCGAACCGGUCACAAGCGCACCCACUACGCCGAGAGCUUGGUAUUUACCACAUUUCGCCGUAGUACACCCACAGAAGGGCAAGAUGCGACUGGUAUUCGAUGCAGCCGACCGAUCACACGGCAAGAGCCUGAACGACGCAUUAUUAAGUGGGCCAGACUUGCUACAGUCCUUAUUUGGCGUCUUGAUACGCUUCAGAGAGGGACCUAUAGCCGUCGCAGCCGACAUAAAAGAAAUGUUCCUCAGAGUGGCCAUGCGAGAAGAGGACCGCGAUAGUCUACGCUUUUUAUGGCGCGAGAAAGAGACGGAAGAGCCACGAGAGUACCGUAUGAAAGCACUCAUAUUCGGCGCGUCAUCGUCCCCCUGCUCGGCGAUAUAUGUGAAAAAUAAGAACGCGAAAGAGUUCGAAAACACGCACCCAGAAGCCGUACGCGCCAUUGAACGAUGCCACUAUAUGGAUGACUACCUACAGAGUUUCAAAACCGAAGCGGAGGCACAAAAAACCGCUCAAGACGUAGAUCAGAUCCACAAACACGGCGGUUUCGAGUUACGCGGCUGGGCAAGCAACCGAUCAACCGUUAUACAACAAUUACAGACGGUUAAACCCGAAGAACAGGUUAAAAUCGGUCAAGACGGACAAACAGAGAAAACACUCGGAAUGUUAUGGAACAUCGGUAAAGAUACACUUCAAUACACACUGAACUUGAGAAACACGCCCCGUGACGUCAUCGAUGGCACACGCCCGCCUACGAAGCGUCAAGUUACGAGCGCCGUCAUGUCAGUGUUCGACCCGCUAAACAUAGCCACGCCCGUCCUCAUACAAGGCAAGAAGUUAAUUCAACACUUGUGGCGUGAAGGAAUUAGCUGGGAUGAAGAGAUACCCGAACGAUACAUAGCCGACUGGAAAGAAUGGAUACAAGGCCUAGAACAGCUGCAGAGCCUUCACAUCCCUCGUUGCACAUUUUCUUGUGACGAGGGGGAGAUGCACACAUUCGUAGACGCCAGCGAAACUACAUAUGCUGCGGCUACCUACUGGAGGACGACUCAAGAUGGAAUACCUACCGUGAGACUGGUCGCCGCAAAAGCACGCGUAGCGCCACUGAAAAUAACUUCAAUACCGAGACUAGAAUUGCAAGCCGCGCUACUGGGCUGCCGACUAGCAUCCAACGUAGAGAACGAAAAUUCAGCAAAAGUCACGAGGAAAUACUAUUGGUCCGACUCACGAACAGUGUUAGCGUGGAUAAAAUCAGACCCGCGCACUUUCAAACCGUUCAUGGCACACAGACUGGCGGAAAUCGAAGAGCUAAGCAAAACCACCGAAUGGAGAUGGGUGCCGACUAACGAAAACGUAGCCGAUGACGCCACACGACGAGCGCCUCGAGAAUUCGACCCCAAUCACCGUUGGUUCAACGGCCCAGCCUUCCUGAAAAACCCACCGACUAAGUGGCCAGUGGACCGGAGCGAGCCCUCGCCCGUCCCAGCGGAAGAAAAUAAAAAGACUGUCGCAGCGAUAAAAGUCGUACAUACAGAAAUACCUAACCCACAGAGAUUCUCCAAAUGGACACGCUUACUGAGAGCCACUGCACGCCUAUUACAGUGUGUCGACGUGUUCAAGCAACUCCUGAAACAUGAAAAGGUCACCGCAAUCAAGCGCACCGUGAAAGACAGUACGUGGCGAAAAUACGAUAAGAAGAAACAAUCACGCCCGUCACCGCUCACCGCGCCCGCGUUAACCCACCGUACCUACCUACCUAUUCAGCCUGAAUACCUACAAUCGGCUGAAAAUCUGCUCAUAAAAACAGUGCAAAGAGAAAGCUUCAACAACGAAAUAAAGUGCAUAACAAAUAACAAACCACUAGAAAAAGACUCUCGCUUGAAGCGAUUAUCACUGAAAAUCGCUGAAGAUAUCCUGAAACUGGACACGAGAAUAUGUGCCGCCAACUGCAUAAGUGACACAUAUAAACACCCCGUAGUGCUAGACGGAAGACACAGAAUAACAAAGUUGCUCGUCGCUCAUUACCACAGCAAGUUCAAUCAUGGCAACAUUCACACCAUAAUGAAUGAGAUUCGCCAAAAGUACUACAUAACUUCGCUCAGAGCUAUAGUCAAGACCACCGCUCGAGAGUGCCAAUGGUGCAGAACCCACAAAACUGCGCCACUGACGGCACCAAUCGGUGAUUUACCCGCUGAAAGGUUAACCCCAUACCAGCCGCCGUUCACAUACACGGCCGUCGACUACUUCGGUCCGCUAACCAUUACAGUGGGCCGAAAGACUGAAAAACGCUGGGUAGCUCUAUACACGUGCAUGACAACACGCGCUGUACACUUGGAAAUAGCCACCUCAUUGACCGCCAACGACAUGAUACUCACACUAAGAAGAUUCGCGGCGAGGCGAGGCAUGUGCUCUGUACUCUACAGUGAUAACGGCGGAAACUUCGUACGUGCAAACUCAGAACUGAAAACUGAAUUCGAAAAACUGAAAGACCUAGCUGGCGAAAAAGGCAUAAAGUGGAAAUUCAUACCGCCCGGAGCUCCUCAUAUGGGCGGUACGUGGGAACGAUUGGUCCGCACAGUAAAAACCGCACUGUACGCGACCCUGAAAGAAAGACAACCACGUGAAGAAGUGUUACAUACACUGUUAUUAGAGGCUGAACAUCUGGUUAACUCACGACCACUAACACCACCAAGCCUAGAUCCAAAUGAAGAAGAGAGCUUAACGCCUAGCCACUUUUUAAUUGGCCGAUCGAACGGUUGUCCACGCAUCGGCGAUUUCGAUGAAAACACCUUGAUAGGUACACCCACGUGGAGAACAGUGCAAUACCUAACUGACACGUUCUGGAACCGCUGGCUGAAAGAAUACUUACCUACACUGUCACCGAGGCCGAACACUGAAAACCAUCCUGAAAACCUGAAACCCGGUGACAUUGUGUUGAUAGUCGACUCGAACUUGCCAAGAGGAGUCUGGCCUAGAGGCGAAAUAAUGACUAUACACCCAGGCCCAGAUGGCAGGACGAGAAUCGUAGAUGUCCGAACAGUUGCUGGAACGCUGAGAAGACCCAUAACAAGACUCGUGAAGAUCACCUGA